UACAGUUACAACAAUGACCAGUGACACCAGCACCACAGUGACAUCCACUGAUGACACCACCACAUCUACAGCAUCCACCUCUGUGAGCACCUCCCCAGUGACGACCUCUACAGAGGCUACGUCAUCUCCAACACCUUCUAUAGACAGUUCUGCCUCCACUGUAGGGACUACAGCAUCUGGUCCAUCCUCAACAACUCUGACUGACAGCACCACUCUUAGCCCAACUUCCACAGGAGGUAGCACAGUUACAACAAUGACCAGUGACACCAGCACCACAGUGACAUCCACUGAUGACACCACCACAUCUACAGCAUCGACCUCUGUGAGCACCUCCCCAGUGACGACCUCUACAGAGGCUACGUCAUCUCCAACACCUUCUAUAGACAGUUCUGCCUCCACUGUAGGGACUACAGCAUCUGGUCCAUCCUCAACAACUCUGACUGACAGCACCACUCUUAGCCCAACUUCCACAGGAGGUAGCACAGUUACAACAAUGACCAGUGACACCAGCACCACAGUGACAUCCACUGUGGAUAGCAGCACAUCUACAGCAUUGACCUCUGUGAGCACCUCCCCAGUGACAACCUCUACAGAGGCUACAUCAUCUCCAACAUCUUCUAUAGACAGUUCCACCUCCACUGUAGGGACUACAGCAUCUGGUCCAUCCUCAACAACUCUGACUGACAGCACCACUCUUAGCCCAACUUCCACAGAAGGUAGUACAGUUACAACAAUGACCAGUGACACCAGCACCACAGUGACAUCCACUGAUGACACCACCACAUCUACAGCAUCCACCUCUGUGAGCACCUCCCCAGUGACAACCUCUACAGAGGCUACGUCAUCUCCAACACCUUCUAUAGACAGUUCUGCCUCCACUGUAGGGACUACAGCAUCUGGUCCAUCCUCAACAACUCUGACUGACAGCACCACUCUUAGCCCAACUUCCACAGGAGGUAGCACAGUUACAACAAUGACCAGUGACACCAGCACCACAGUGACAUCCACUGUGGAUAGCAGCACAUCUACAGCAUUGACCUCUGUGAGCACCUCCCCAGUGACAACCUCUACAGAGGCUACAUCAUCUCCAACAUCUUCUAUAGACAGUUCCACCUCCACUGUAGGGACUACAGCAUCUGGUCCAUCCUCAACAACUCUGACUGACAGCACCACUCUUAGCCCAACUUCCACAGGAGGUAGUACAGUUACAACAAUGACCAGUGAAACCAGCACCACAGUGACAUCCACUGAUGACACCACGAUAUCUAAAGGAUCGACCUCUGUGAUCACCUCCCAGCUGACGACUUCUACAAUGAAGAGUACCACUGCCCCUACUUCUAGUAUUACACUAAGCACAUCAUUGGUGUGCCUCAACGGAGGGACAUGGAAUGGGAAGGCCUGUGAAUGUCCCCCUGGCUUUGGAGGAGAGAAGUGCCAGUCUAAGACAGAGGUCUGCCAGAAUGGAGGCUCCUGGGAUGGAAUCAAGUGUGUGUGCCCCAGCCUCUACCAGGGGCCGAAGUGUGAGGAGGCGGUCUCCAGCAUCGAGAUAAAACCUCCGGACACUAUCUCUGCCGAGAUGAAACUGAGUGUAACAGUGACCAGUGUGACUUAUACCGACAACCUACAAAACCGGUCUUCUCCAGAGUUCCAGGAUUUCAGUAAAUUAUUCACAAAACAGAUGGACCUAGUUUAUGCCGACAUCAGGGAGUAUGAAGGGAUUAACAUCACACAAUUGAUUCGUGGCAGUGUGGUGGUGAAGCAUGAUGUCCUCCUGAAGGCCAAUUUCACCCCAGAAUAUGAGGAAGUUUUAAAGAGUGCCACCAAGAAGAUAGAGCAAAAAAUUAACAAUAUAACCAACGAUCAAGUCAUGAAGGAUGAUAACUGCACAAGCAUACUGUGCUUCAAAGAGAACUCCACCGUGGUGCAAAACAUUUCAAUUGCCCGAUACAGCCCUGAAGAGGAAUGCCAGAUGAAAACUGGGAAAGACUUUCCUGGGCACUUCAAGUUGGUGUACAAGGACCAGACACCAAUGUGCAUUAGCCGCUGUGAACCUGGCUUCAAUGGCUCCAUGAACUGCAACUUUGGGAAGUGCAUGCUGGAGCGCAGCGGCCCACGUUGCUACUGCCUGACCACAGACACUGACUGGUACAGGGGGGAAACCUGCGAGUUUAGCACCAAGAAGAGCCUGGUGUACGGGCUCCUGGGGGCAGCAGGUGCAGUGAUACUGAUUGUCCUUGUCAUCAUCCUGGUGUUCAUGUUCCGCUCCAGGAGAGAGGUGGAAAGGCAGAAAUCCAAAGUGACUCAGUUGUACAAGUGGCACGGGGAAGAUGGUGAACCAGUCCAUGGGACCUUCCAAAACAUUGGCUUUGACACCUGUGAAGACCAAGAGAAGUCUAUUGACAUGGACUCCAUUUAUAGUAACUUCCAGCCCACCUUGGACCACAUAGACUCUAACACAAAGAUAAAAAUUCAGAGGCCUCAGGUGAAGAUAACAUCACUUUGAGGCACAGGCAAUUUCACAUGGAGCUGUGGGGCUGGAAGGGAGGAGACCUCAGUUCAGCUAAUUUUGAUGGAAUUUUUCCGCAUUGAGAGCAUUCUACAGAAACAUAAUAAGAAACAAAGAGGAAGAGGAGAGAGACCACAGUUCUGAGACUGAAAGAAGGAACUCCUACCUUUUUGACAGCAUGGAUGGAGCUGGAGAAUAUUAUGCUAAGUGAAAUAAGCCAGGUGACA